GAUUGGCCCUGUUUGUGAGCUCUGAAAGAGAUUUCAUGGACAUUGAAAGAAGGCAAAGUUUCACCGUGCUGAAUGAUGUCUCCCUUGAUUGGAGAGGCAGACCCUGCAAGCCCAACAAGCACGGAGGCAUGAGAGCUGCUGUCUUUGUUUUAGGGAUUCAAGCGUUUGAGAUCAUGGCGAUUGCAGCCGUCGGCAACAACCUCAUAACUUAUGUGUUCAACGACAUGCAUUAUCCUCUCUCAAAGUCAGCAAACAUAGUCACCAACUUCGUUGGGACUAUCUUUAUCCUGUCUUUGCUCGGAGGAUUCCUCUCGGACUCUUAUCUAGGGAGCUUCUUCACCAUGCUGAUAUUCGGAUUUAUCGAACUCCCUGGAUUCAUACUGCUGUCGCUUCAAGCACAUCUGCCGCAGCUGAGGCCGCCGCCGUGCAACAUGCUGCAAAGAGAGCAUUGCGCGGAGGCAGAAGGCUUGAAGGCCACCAUCUUCUUUGUGGCUCUCUAUUUAGUGGCGCUGGGGAGUGGAUGCAUGAAGCCUAACAUGAUAGCUCAUGGAGCUGACCAGUUCAGCAGAGACGAUCCGAACCAGUCCAAGAAGCUCUCCACGUACUUCAACACUGCCUACUUCAGCUUCUGUGUGGGGGAACUGGUUGCGCUCACGGUUCUUGUUUGGGUCCAGACUCGGUCGGGCAUGGACGUCGGGUUCGGUGUCUCAGCAGCUGCCAUGGCCAUGGCCCUCGUGAGCUUGAUCUCCGGUGUGUUGUUCUUCAGGAACAGGCCUUCACAGGGCAGCAUCUUUACCCCUAUAGCAAGAGUCUUUGUGGCAGCAUUUACAAACAGAAAGCAGAUUUGCCCUUCCAAUUCUGAAGUGUAUCAGUAUCACCUUGGCGUCGCUGGAACUUCUCCAAAUGUUCACAACCUCAGACACGCAGAUAAAUUCAGGUUCUUGGAAAAUGCCUGCAUCAAAUCUCAAGACGGGUCCAACAAAGUAGAGAGCCCAUGGAGACUGUGCACCAUGGCAGAAGUAGAGCAAGUGAAGGUGAUUCUCUCAGUGAUUCCGAUCUUUGCCUGCACCAUCAUCUUCAACACCAUCCUCGCCCAGCUCCAGACGUUCUCGGUCCAACAGGGAAGCUCCAUGAACACUCAACUGGUCACCUUCAAGAUCCCCCCAGCCUCACUGCAGGCCAUCCCCUACAUCAUCCUCAUCAUCCUGGUUCCUCUCUACGAGACCUUCUUCGUCCCGAUUUCCCGGAAACUCACCCGCGAUCACGUAGGAAUCACCCCCCUGCAGCGGAUCGGCACCGGCCUCUUCACGGCCACCUUCUCCAUGGUGGCGGCCGCCUUGGUCGAGAAGAAGAGGAGGGAAUCAGAGGCGCCGACGCCCAUCCUUUGGAUCGCUCCGCAGUUCAUAAUUUUCGGGGUUUCGGAGAUGUUUACGGCGGUGGGGCUGAUCGAAUUCUUCUACAAGCAGUCACUGGGAGGCAUGCAAGCCUUUCUGACAGCCAUGACCUACUGUUCGUACUCUUUUGGGUUUUUCCUAAGCUCGCUGCUCGUGUCGCUCGUGAACAAGAUCACGUCGAGCUCAGGGAAUGGAGGAUGGCUGGGCGACAACGAUCUCGACAAGGACAGAUUGGAUCUGUUCUACUGGCUGCUGGCUGUGCUUAGCUUGAUCAAUUUCUUCAACUAUCUUUUUUGGGCCAGAUGGCAUUCGAAACCUUCAUCAGGUGUUCCUGCGAGGGAUGGCAACAGCAGUUGCUUGAAGCAUAAGCAUGGUGGAGCUGAUCUGAACGUAUUAUGAUUCAGCUUUGGAGUUGAGAUAGAAUAAUUAAGAACGAAGGAUUCUUAGAGUAUAUAUAUAUAUAUAACCUUUUGUUCUGCUGCAAGGAUGCUCGUCCGUUUCCCGAUUAUAUGAAAAAAAAAGUUAAAUUAA